ACAGAAGAAGAGGAAGAACUUACUGCAGAGGAAAGGAGGAAACUGGAAAGAAAAUUAAAGAAAGAGCGCAAGAAGAAGGAAAAGCAGCUGAUGAGGGAAGCUGGGAUCUCUAUUAAAAAGGUGGCGCCCAAAAAGCAGUCGGGAUCUGAGCUGGCUCUGGCCUAUUUAACCAGCUGGUCUGAAAACCCAGAAGAAUGGAAGUUUCAAAAGACAAGACAAACCUGGCUUCUCUUGCACAUGUAUGAUAAAGAGAAGGUUCCAGACAAGUAUUUCACCAUUUUACUGGAUUAUCUACAAGGGCUUCAAGGCAAUGCACGAGACUUAACUGUGCAGAAAGCUGAAGCUUUUAUGAAGGAAUUUGAUGAUUCCAAUGCAGAAGACCCAAACCUCUUGGACAAGUGCGAGCGCAUACGACAAGUUCUACAGCUGCUGUCCUGAGAGUAUUUUUGUGUCUUAACAGUUGCCUGGCGGAGAGAAGGAUAGGUUGUCAUAUAUAGAGACUAUAAAUUAGUUGUAAAGACAUAUUUUCUAAUAAGAAGCCUAAUAUUAUAUGUAUUCUAAUACUGGGUAUUCAGAUUUUGUAUGCAUGAGUUUUUCCAAUGGCACAGGUUUAUCCUGUUUUGAUGUGAUAAAAUAAAAAUAACAUAUUUGGUC